UACUUUAUUAGAAACAAAAUAUCCAAUGACAAGGGGACUAGAGCUAUAUGAGAAUCAUCAUCAUCGUAUCCUUUGACAUACGAUAGGAUCAGAGCAAACCAUGGCUCACGGAGGCGCCGCGGCGGCGCCACUGCUCUCCUCGGCUGCCGGCACGCCACGCCGGAACAGGUUCGCCUUCCUCUGCGCCACGCUCGCCUCCAUGACCACCAUCCUCAUGGGCUACAAUCUCGCGCUGAUGAGCGGCGCGCAGCUGUUCAUCCGGGAGGACCUGGGCCUCACCGGCGUCCAGGUCGAGGUGCUCACGGGGUCCAUGAACCUGUUCAUGCUCGUGUCCAUCCUCGCCGCCGGGUGGGCGGCCGACCUGCUGGGCCGCCGGGGCACGCUCGUGCUCGCCAACGCCUUCCUCAUGGCCGGCGCGCUCGCCAUGUCCGCCGGCGCCAGCUACGCCGCGCUCAUGGCCGCACGCUUCGUCACCAGCGUCGGCGUCGGGUUCGCCCGCGUCGUCGCCCCCGUCUACAACGCCGAGAUCUCGCCGGCGUCCACGCGCGGCGUCCUAUCGUCCUUGCUCGACAUGUUCGUCAAUAUCGGUAUCUUGCUUAGCUACGUGUCGAAUUUCGCGCUCGCCGGCCUGCCGGCGCACCUCGGCUGGCGCGUCAUGUUCGCCGCCGGCGCGCUCCCGCCGGUGUUCCUCGCGGCGGGGGUGCUCGCCAUGCCGGAGUCCCCGCGGUGGCUGGUGAUGCGCGGGCGCCACGGCGAGGCGCGCGCGGUGCUCGCGCGGACCUCGGACACCCCGGCCGAGGCCGACCUCCGCCUCGAGGAGAUCAAGCAGGUCGUCUCGGCGUCGCAGCAGGCUGGCGGCGGCGGCGCCGGUGCCGGCGUGUGGAAGGAGAUGCUUGUGCGGCCGACGAGGAGCGUGCGCCGGGUCCUCGUCUGCGUCGUCGGGCUGCAGUUCUUCCAGCAGGCGUCGGGGAUCGACGCCGUCGUGCUCUACAGCCCGCUGGUGUUCAGGAAGGCCGGCAUGUCGUCGAACCGCGCCGUGCUCGGCGCCGCCGUCGCCGUCGGGGUGGUCAAGACGUGCUUCAUCCUCGUGGCGACGCUCCUCUCCGACCGCGUCGGCCGGCGCCCCCUGCUCCUCGCCAGCGCAGCGGGCGCCGCCGCGGCGCUGGCCUCCGUGGCCAUCACCCUCUGUGCCGCCGGCGGCAGCGCCACCACGUCGUCGUCGUGGUCGGCGGCGUGCGUCGCGUCGGUGCUGGCCUUCGUGGCGGCGUUCUCGGUCGGGCUCGGGCCGGUGGUGCCCACGUACAGCUCGGAGGUCAUGCCGCUGCGGCUGCGCGCGCAGGGCACCAGCCUCGGCACGGCGGUGAACCGGGUGGCGUGCGGGGCGGUGACCAUGACGUUCAUCUCGCUCGCCGGCUGGAUCACCAUGGCCGGGUGCUUCUUCCUGUACGCUGGCGUGGCGGCCGCCGCGUGGGCCUUCGUGUACACGCAGCUGCCGGAGACCAGUGGGCGGAGCUUGGAGGACAUGGAGGUGCUCUUCACCAAGUGAACUGACGAUCUGAAUGUUGUGCUUUCCAUGCCUUUUUCUAAUGUAAUCAUCAGAAGCUUUAUCAGUUGACCGUCUACAUUUGUUAAGUUGGGGGAAGUUUUCAAACCAUCCACCCAAAAAAUUGUUUAAUUUGGUAUUGAAACCUCAAUGCAAUCAUUAAUUGCAACCCAGACGCACAUGUUGAAA